CUGGUGCCGGACCGGGUUAAUAUCACCGCAGUAGCUGUUGUCGUCCGAUCGUGGCGAUAUCGUAGUUAAUAAUUGCGUUUCGAGUGUGUUCCUCUGUGUCUGUGAUAUCGUGCGACAAUAAUUUGAUAUAUAUACUUGACGUUCUUUCGUUUUGCCGUCGGUUCGCGCUUAAUCGAAAAUCUUCGUUCAAUCGAGCGAGCGGUUACGCUUCGAGCCGCGACCGCAGCCGAGUCCUGUCUUAUCUGACUGCAUCCGCGACAAGUUGAAAGAAGAAACCGGUCGUCGUCGUCAGCGGCAUACGAUCGCGAUGUGGUCGUCGUCCCGGAUCGGUCGCCAAGUGGCUUCCGCGUUCGUACGCGGCCGUCACACGCAGCUGCUUCACCAGCAGAACAUGCAGCACCACCAACUCCAGUUCCAGAACCAACUCCAACACCAACAGCAUCACUGUCAGUAUUCCUCGACGGCGGACGAAGCGGUGGCCGCGCCACUACGGAGCACCAAGAAAAAAUCUGACCGGGCGCCGCCCAAGCACCUGGUGGACGUGAAGACUGUCCGUGCGGCCGGCGGCCGCGGCGGCGACGGGCGCGUGUCGUUCAUGAAACUGUUCGGUAACGAGAACGCGGGCCCGGACGGCGGUGAUGGUGGUAACGGUGGCCACGUCGUGUUCCGGGCGUCCGAGAACGUCACCGGACUGGGGCACGUGGGCGUCGAGCUGAGGGCGCCCGCCGGCGAACGGGGCUACAACAAAGACUGCCAUGGCAAGUGUGCGGUUCACGAGUACGUGGACGUGCCCGUGGGCACGGUGAUCAAGGACUGCGACGGGCGCGUGGUCGGUGACCUGAGCCGGCCGGGCGUCAUGUUCGUGGCGGCCAGGGGCGGGGCGGGUGGCCACGGGAACCGGUAUUUCGCCACCGAUACGGAGCAGGCACCCGAGGUGGCCGAACUGGGUGGCGCGGGCGAGGUACUCCGGUACACGCUGGAGUUGAGCAGCAUCGCCGAUUUCGGGCUGUUGGGAUUCCCUAACGCAGGCAAGAGCACGUUGCUCAGCGCCAUCACACGGGCUCGGCCCAAGGUGGCCCCGUACCCGUUCACCACGCUCCAGCCGCACGUGGGCGUGGUCCAGUACGACGAUCAGGAGUCGGUGGCCGUGGCCGACCUUCCGGGGCUCAUCGAGGACUCGCAUCGCGACCGCGGCCUGGGCAUAUCAUUCUUGCGGCACGUGCAGCGGUGCACCGCGCUGCUGCUGGUUGUCGACCUGUCCGCGCCCGAGCCGUGGACGUACGUGGACGUGCUCCGGCACGAGGUCAGGUGCUUCUCAGCCCCGGUGCUCGACCGGCCACAGUUGAUCGUCGCCAACAAGGUGGAUGUGGACGGUGCCCGCGAGAACCUGGCUGAGCUCAGGCGCCGUUUGCCCGACGACGAGAUCGUCGAUAUAUCCGCCAAGCACGGCGUCAACUUGGAGCGUCUGCUGAAGCACAUGAAGCGAGUGUACGACCAACGGCGUAAACCUACAGAAGCAGACGUUGCCGCCGCCGAUUUUGAUUAGGCUUUAGUAGUAGUAGUAUAUCAUCAUGUCGUCGUAAUGUCGUAUUAUAUAUACUUUUAUAUAGAUCGCGGUCGAUAAAAUGAUUUUUGUGUUCCAUACGUAUAAUAUUUUUUAUCCUCUAAAGACUAAAACGUAUACUUUAUAAUAAAAUAAUGACUAUACCUUUACUCAUA